AUGCUAGGUGAGGCGAUGGAAAGAAUAUAUGGUGGAUGUUUGUGCUAUGGACCACCUAUUGAAGGAGGAUUUUACUAUGAUAUGUUUAUUGAGAACAAAGGAGUAUCAAACUUCGAUUUUCCUGUUAUGGAAAAUCUUGUCAAACAAAUUGUUAAAGAAAAACAACCUUUUGAACGGCUUGAAGUUAGUAAAGAAGAUCUACUGGAAAUGUUCAAGUACAAUGAAUUUAAAGUGAGAAUCCUUAACGAAAAAGUUACAACACCAACAACUACUGUUUACCGAUGUGGGCCAUUAAUUGAUUUAUGCAGGGGACCACAUAUUCGUCAUACAGGCAAAGUCAAAGCUUUUAAAGUUGUCAAAAAUUCUGCAACUUAUUGGGAAGGAAAUUCCACGGCUGAAACAUUGCAGCGUGUCUAUGGUAUUUCAUUUUCGGACAAUAAGCAAAUGAAAGAAUGGGAAAAAUUCCAAGAAGAAGCUGCUAGAAGAGACCAUCGUAAAAUUGGAAGAGAACAAGAACUAUUUUUCUUCCAUGAAUUAAGUCCAGGAUCUUGUUUCUUCCAACCAAAAGGUGCUCAUAUUUAUAAUACUUUAAUUGAGUUCAUUAAAAGUGAAUACAGAAAACGUGGUUUCCAAGAAGUAGUAUCGCCGAAUAUUUACAAUGUUAAGUUAUGGCAAACAUCUGGUCAUUGGGCACAUUACGCAGAAAACAUGUUUUCGUUUGAUGUUGAGAAAGAAACAUAUGCUCUGAAACCAAUGAAUUGUCCUGGCCAUUGUUUAAUGUUUGAUCAUCGUAAUAGAUCAUGGAGAGAACUGCCACUUAGAAUGGCAGACUUUGGUGUACUUCAUCGUAAUGAGUUAUCAGGGGCUUUAACAGGAUUAACCCGUGUUCGACGUUUUCAGCAAGAUGAUGCUCACAUAUUUUGUACUACUGAACAAAUUGGUCAAGAAAUGAUGAGUUCAUUAGACUUUUUACGUCAUGUAUAUACUGUAUUUGGAUUUACAUUCCAUCUUCGAUUAUCUACAAGACCUGAAAAGUAUUUAGGCGAGUUGGAAAUGUGGGAAAAUGCUGAAAAGCAAUUAGCUGAUAGCUUAAAUUCAUUUGGUGAACCAUGGACACUAAAUCCAGGAGAUGGUGCUUUCUACGGACCAAAAAUUGAUAUAACUAUUUCCGAUGCUUUAAAACGCCAACAUCAAUGUGCUACCAUACAACUUGAUUUCCAGCUCCCAAUUCGGUUUAAUUUAAACUAUAUCAGUGAAUCAGGAGAAAAGAAACGCCCAGUAAUCAUACAUCGUGCUAUAUUUGGUUCAGUAGAAAGAAUGAUAGCUAUUUUAACUGAAUCGUUUGCUGGAAAAUGGCCAUUCUGGUUGUCACCUAGACAAGCUGUUGUAAUACCUGUUGGUCCUCAAUUUGACGAAUAUUCAGAAAAAGUAAAAAAAGAAAUAUACGAGGCUGGAUUUAUGUGUGAUGUAGAUGUUGAUCACGGUGAUACUUUAAACAAAAAAAUUCGCAAUGCACAAUUGGCACAAUAUAACUUCAUUCUUGUCGUUGGAGACAAAGAAAAGACUGCAAACACUGUUAAUGUUCGCACGAGAGACAACAAUGUUCAUGGUGAAUUCAGUAUUGAAGAGACAAUUCAAAGACUACAAAGAUUAAAGAUUUCAAAAACAAAUAAUAGUGAAGUUGAAUUUUAA